AUGGACCAUCGCCAACAACAACAACAACAGCAGCAUAUCAACUUCAAUGUCAUACCAACAGAACAGCAGCAACAACAACCAACGCUUACUACUAAUCUCAACUCCAAUGUCGAUAGAAAAUUUGCAACGGCUUACGUGCGAGUUGUGGAGCAACCAGCCAGCAAAGCGCUUAGAUUUCGUUAUGAAUGCGAAGGCCGUUCUGCCGGCUCAAUACCGGGCGCACAUUCGACGCCGGAAAAGAAGACCUAUCCAACCAUCGAAAUUGUGGGCUAUCAAGGACGCGCAGUGGUGGUUGUCUCCUGUGUGACGAAGGAUGCACCUUAUCGCCCACAUCCACACAACCUGGCCGGCAAGGAGGGCUGCAAGAGUGGCGUAUGCACUUUGGAGAUAAAAAGCGACUCGAUGCGUUUGGAACUCAACAGUUUGGGCAUACAGUGUGUAAAGAAGAAGGACAUUGAAGCGGCGCUGAAGGCACGCGAGGACAUACGCGUUGAUCCGUUCAAAACUGGCUUCGCACAUCGCUUCCAGCCGGGCGCCAUAAAUCUGAAUGCGGUGCGUUUGUGCUUCCAGGUGUUCAUUGAGGGCGAAAAGGGACGCUUUACAGUUCCACUAAAACCUGUGGUGUCCGAGCCUAUCUACGACAAGAAAUCCAAGUUGGAUCUCGUCAUACAUCAAGUUUGCAGCUCGGCGACAGUUUUGGGUAAUACGCAAAUUAUGUUGCUCUGUGAGAAGGUUGCCAAAGAAGACAUUGCGGUGCGAUUUUUUGAAGAGCGAAAUGGUGUCACUGUUUGGCAAGCGUACGGCGAGUUUCAUCCCUCCGAUGUGCAUAAGCAAACUUCGAUACGACUUAAGACACCGCGCUACCGCAAUGUGGACAUAACAGAACCAGUCAAGCUGUUUGUACAGCUGAAAAGGCCUUCAGAUGGCGCUGUAAGUGAGCCGUGGGUAUUCAAAUAUGAACCGGUCGAUUCGAAUCCAGUGAUACUGAGGCGUAAGUGUCAACGGAUCGGUCUACGCCCAAUCGAACAACAACCACAACAACAGCAAAAGCAGGCAGGCGAUGCACGCUUGACGAAUUGGAAUAUACCAAACUUGCCAGAGAUUAAGGCGGAUAUCAAAGAAGACCAAAGAUCACCAAACAUUAAUCGCGGGGCUGCCGAGCUGACACCAUCUCCAGAACCGUUGUUGCCCGUGUUGAAUAACCUAAAUCAAUCAAAUUUACCCGCAGCCUACAAACCGAUUUUUCCGCCUGUUCCAAAUCAAUGUCAGCGCACUGCAGUUGCUGGUCGUGGCGGAGGCGGUGGCGAUCCAUCAAAUGCAGAGCUCACUCCCAUCACAGUUGAGAAGCAUAAUGAGAAUGGCGCCUAUGGAGGCAGCCAACAGCAACAGCACCCACAGCAGCUGCGUCCACCAGCGCCAAAUUACGCAACACAUCCUCUGCGUCAACAGCAAACGCUUCCAGAGCAGCCACCUAGCGAUCAGCGACAACAACACUAUCGGCAGCAGCAGCAACAGCAGCAGCAACAACAACUGCAGCAACAAAAACAAUAUUUCCAAGAGAAUCUGCUCAACAAUCCCAAUGUGGGCGUUUGGGAGGAGCAAUUUGCCAAUGUGUUGGCCUUUGCCGCCGCAGCAAUGAGUAAUUUCAAUGGCGGCAGCAAUCAGUUUAAUAUGCAGAAUUUAUUGGCCGCCACAGCGCCAAGUGCAAUGCAGCAUUCGCAAUGGAAUUUCCCCUUCAAUCAUGUGCCGCAGCGAACGCAAAACUAUCAGCAACAUUUGCAGUUGCAACAACCGACACAAUCGCAACAACCACAACAACAACCCCAUCAGCCAUUGCAAUCAUCUUUCGCACAGCAACCAAACGCUGGUGAUGAUGUCACAAUGAUGGCCACAGCCGAUGUGAAUAAUGCUGGUGCCGUUGGCGGUGGCAGUGGCGGUGGCGGAGGUGUUGGGAGUUGUGAGCGUGGCGCAACGAUAAGUAAUCUGUUGAACUUGGAUAGCGAUCAGCUGGUGCGCGUCAACCAGGAGGAGCAGCAAAUGUUUCGACUUACCAACGAGGAGCUGCAGCUCUCCAAUCUUACCAUAUCGGUGUAGAGACUUUGGGGAAUUGGAGCUAAUCAAAUCAAUUGUAUGUACUGAGAUGUAUGUAUGUUGCACAAAAGUAUUUCAUUUACCCUAC